AUUCAAAUUAAAUUGAGAACCUGAAUGAGCAACAACAAAAAAUUUCUUUUUUCUUUUUUACUGUUUUUUUUUGCUUCUAAUUGUGAAUUAAAUUUAAUUGCAACUUUAACUGUCAACAAUUAGUGUGUUCAAGUGAAAUAAUACUGAGGAAAAAAAUGACACCAAGAAAGAGUAAAAAAGAUUCACUCAAUUCUUCAGCUGAUUCUCUGGAAUUGGACAUGGACAGAAUCUCAGUGACCCUCAAUGAACAGUUUGUUGUGAAAGUUUAUGCAAAAGUUUUGUGCCCUGACGUUGAAUAUAAAACUCUUUCAGUGUCAAAAGUAACAACAUGUCGUGAAAUGGUCACCAUGUUACUGAAUAAAUUCCGAAUGAAACACACAGACCCUAAUCUAUUUUACUUUACCAUGGAAAUAACAAUUCGUCGAACAGGAACACCCAUUAGAACUGUUAUUGUUCUGGAUGAUCUGAGUUGUCCAGCUCAGAUUCAAGAAUCGUAUCCACACCAAGAUAUCAAAUUCUCACUUGUAACCCGAAGAGGUGGAUUGGUCAAAGUCUAUGACAGUUGCCUAAUGUCAGCGUCUCUUUAUAAAAGUCUUCUAAUAUCGGAUUACACCAAUGUCGCUGAGCUUAUCCAAUUGUUACUUCAUUGUUACGAUUCAGAUUCAUUGGUCUCUUCAUUUGCAUUAUAUGAAGUUUGUCCUCAGAAAAAGUGGGAGAGGAGAUUACAUGAGAACGAAUUACCCUUGAUGAUUCAGAAAGAAUGGACAUCAGGAGAAAUAUAUUAUUUCCAAUUACGACUUAAUUAUGAGGAACAAAUCCAACGAAGAAAGGUUAAUUGGAUUCGCAGUUCAACUUCAUCAUCCUCUUCACAAAAUACAUCAUUUUGUUACGAUUUCAAAGACGAUUCGAGACCCUCGUCGACCAGUUCGAGUCCAGUCCAAAUGUACAAUCAAUAUCACAUCGAUACUUACUUUUACGUUUAAAUUAACUCCAAUCGACUAAUCCAAUCAAUGGACAAAACAAUUUAAUCAAAAGUUAAUCAAUGGUUUAUAUCAAUUUUGGAUUAACCAUAAAACCGAUCGUUUCGACUGUUAAAUAAUUAAAUGAUCAAUUUAAUUCUUGAUUAAACUUUGAUUGUGUUUGAUUCUCUCUCUCUCUCUCUCUCUCUCUCUUCUUCUGCUACCUGAUGAUUGUUAAGCUUAAUUGUAAUCAAUUUAAUUGGAGGUUUUGAUUUGCUGCUAGUCCUGUUUUCAUAUUCAAAACUUAAUUAAUUUGUAUUAUCAUCAUUUUGGACUCAUUUGAUUAUCAUCAUUAUUAUUUAAUCAUCUUUCUUAUCAAUCAAAUCAACUGGAUGAACAACAAUUGAUUGUCCUUUAAUUACAAUCAAAAAUAUCUCAUUGAUCGUUUAUGUUUAUGUUUUCAUAACAAUAGUUAAUCCAAUUAUCUAUUGAUCCACUUGCUUGAUCAACAAUUAAUCCAUUGACUUGUGAACCUUUUGUUUACCUCAAAGCUUAACAAUUAACUUCAAUUGUUGAUUAACUGCCAGUUCAAUCAAUUUGAACUCAUCAAUAUUUCUUCUUGAUUAGUUAAUCAAUUUUUUUUUCUAUGUAAAUCCAAUCAAUUUGUCUUUCUAUUAACUUAAUUGUAAUCUCUUCAAUCUGAUUAUGUAAAAAUAUUACAUUAAAAAAAUUUCUUCCAUGUUAA